GAGCCAGGAACCAGCUUAGUGUACCAACUCCACACGAUCAAGGCGAAGGUCGUUUGAUAUGCUGGGAUCAGAUCAGCCAGGUCUGAUGCAGAAUUAUGACAGAACGUUACAAACAUGAUAAUCAGGAAACAGGAGUGUUCAAAACAAACAUGUCUGGCGUUCCAACCGAUCAUGUGUCCAAGGUAUCACAGUUUGCUCAGUCACAACACAACCAAAGGCGUUUCCUGCACACCACUUCUGGACACCAACGUUCCACUACUUCUGGACACCAGCCUCCAGCAACCUCUGGACACCAGACUGCAGUAGCCUCUGAAUGUCAUCCCAGCACAACCUCAAGUGAGUACAGGUUAUACAGGGCUGACGUCCCUGAUGCAAGUGGUGUAGUUCUAUCCAACUCACCUAUGACACAGGUCAUAGAUGCUGCAGGCAGCAGUGGAAGAAGAAUCCUAGAAAUGGAAGACCUAUUUCACUCCCAAGAUGUCUCAGCAUCCCAUUUGAUUCCUUCCUCCAAUCAUGUGGUUCAUCCUUGUACAACAGUGACUUCUGAUACAUAUUCGCCUAAGAUCAGGACUAGCCACAGCCCUCAGAAGCUCCAUACCUCCACCAUUAUGAGUGUGCCUACGUACCCUCCAUCUCAAACUAAUCAUCACAAGGCAUUCCAAGAAGAAAGGGAGUCUACGUGUAAUUCACUUUUCAUUCCUUUUGGACGAGUGCCUGGUGAUACCACAAUGACCAAAUCCUUUGACCAUUUUUCUGGUCAACUGCCUUAUGACAACGCACAAGGAUCAGAAAUGGAUACAAUUCACCAAGCACAAUCUGGCGACACCACUAUAUCAACACCAGAUCAGUUGGGACAAAGGUUUGUGAUGCCGCCCUAUUCUCGGUCUAACCCCAGGGCAUCCAGGCUACAUCAAACAUCUGUGACAGUUUCUCCUUCCCGCAAGCUGUUUGGGGAACCCAGUGAGGUGCCUUCACCAGGUGAGGUUAUUCCCAGCAGUGAUGGUUCUUGUCGGUCACUUGCCCAGGGAUCAGCUGAUACUUUGGCAUCUGCAGGACCCAAUAGCCAGACACACAGCAGUAAAUCCAUGGAUUUUGAGGUGAUAGACUUACGGAAUUUGCAUGAGGGUGAUUUGAAUACAGUUAUGAGGAGCAUGCCAGAUUUGGAGAACAGUGCCAUCACAGGAAGUUGUGGUUCAUCGCCAGCAUCUUCAUCCACUCCGUCGCCGUUGUCACAACCACUUUGUUUUGACUCUCAGAUGGACAUCAGAAAUACAGAGGGGGAAGUCAGCCACAAGAUCAGCAAACAGUCAAGUAUAUUCAGGACCAAGUACUUUCCAGUUGGAACGACAUUAAAACAAACUAACAAAUGUUUACACAAGGUUUUACCAAAAUUAAAACCUAAGGCGCCAAGUUCCACAGUGUCUUCUUCAGAUGGUAGUGAAGCAUGUGUCAGUCCACAUGCUGGUGGUGAAGUGUUGGAUUGUGUUGAUAGUGCAGAUGGAGCAUGCAUGAAGAAGGAGUUGUUCUGUCAGGUGUGUGGGGAUGUAGCUGCCGGCUUCUACUGUGGGGCUUACAUCUGUGAGGCUUGUAAGAAAUUCUUUGUGCGAGCAUCACGCCAAGAGAAGGUGAAGUUUGUGUGUCACAAAUCAGAAGAUUGUGUAAUCACAAGAGAAACGCGUGUUCGUUGCCAGCAUUGCCGCUACCAAAAGUGCCUUUCUCUCGACAUGUACAGCCCAGGGGACAGCCAUGUGAAGGACGUUGUGGCUCGUAUAUCUAACAUUCCUUGCCGUGUCUGUGGUGGAUCGUCAUCUGGCUUUCAUUUCGGCGCCCUCACUUGUGAGGGUUGUAAGGGCUUCUUUCGGCGAAUGGCUAAAGAGCGUGAAUGGCACUCAUACAAAUGUUCCAAGGAUGACAAGUGUGAGAUAAGCAUGCUGACGCGCAAUGUGUGCAAGGCCUGUCGCUACCGAAAGUGUCUGGAGGCUGGCAUGUCAGUGGAAGCCAGUCGAAUUGGUCGUCAACCCAAUGCAAUAAAACAUGCAAUCUCUAUAGAAGCUCGGAAACAAGGGAAGCGAACCGUUAAUGGGGAAGCAGUGGAUAAAGAUCAGUCACCGUCACCCGUCACCCUGGAUAUUUCUGCACUUGCCAGGGCACACAGCAAGGUCAUUCCACCACCAAUUAAGAAGGAACUUGAUAUGGAAGUCAUUGACAACACCAUCAAACUAGUGAAGGCAGCGUGGCAUGAACUUAGUGCACUCAACAUGCCCAAUAAAAUCUGCUUCGAAAGCUACUACUUGAACUGCAGUGACUUGCAAAACACAUGGAAGACGAUUAUGGUACAUUUUGAGUUCAAUGCCAAGUGUGUUAUCAAAUUCUCCAAGAAGCUGCCGAACUUUCAGUCUCUACUUCUCGAAGAUCAAGUGUCACUCAUCCAGAUGGCAACAUAUUCUCUCUGCAUCCUCAACCACUGUCAGUUCUAUAACCUCGAAAAAAGACAGUAUCGCUUCUUUGACUUCAACUCAAAGGAGGAAGAAGCCAUUCUGAGAUACUUCCCUCAGUUUCAGAUCAUUACUAAACACUUCCAUCACUUUGGCAUGAUGGUGAAAACAAAGAACUUCGACGACACAGAGCUUGCCUUCCUCUCAAGUCUUGUGUUGAUGAAAAGUGAUAAUCUGACCAUGAAAGAGAGAGAUCGAGUGGAUGCAAUAAGUUCCGAGCUGUUGGAUUCCCUGCAUGUGUACAUUAAGAGACACCACAGCGACCAUGAAGGGAGGAUGGGGUACCUCCUCCUGCGUAUCAGUGAGCUUGCAAUGGCCACGCUGCAGCACAACCAGUGUGUCAGCGUGAUCGCACAGGCUCACCCGGAGCUGCAGAACCAGCUGUGGGAUGAGAUGUACCUCAAGUAGGAUCUGGGAUAUCGGGGGAUGCUAAAGCCAGUGUCUGGGCAACAGGGAGUGUCUGCUACGUGGCCCUGGACCCUGGAUUCAUGGAUAGUGUGUGGCAACUGCAGGCGACAGAUUCAGCUCACUGUUAAUCAGUGCAGUGUGAUUUGGGGACAGUGAAUAGCUUUUCUUGGAACCUCUUACAUGGUUACAUUCUUACAAAAGGGAUGGUGAUAAUCUGAUAUCCUUUAGGCUUGUACAAAGUCCCAUCAGUAGAUUUCAGACUUUGUUAUGUGUUCUGGUUGCCUUAGAGCAGAUGUUUCUUCUGAUCGAUCUAAAUGAAGCUACCUCAAGUACAGCCAACCAUCAUUUGCUUGAACACCCUGUUAGUGAUAUAAGUUCAAGGGACAUUUUAUAAUGCAUUUUGGAUCUCUAAGGGUACCCCAUCACUUAUUUUCCCAGAAUUUAACUGUACCCUCCAUCUCUGCUGGGGCGGUGGGGUAGCCUAGUGGUUAAAGCAUUCGCUCAUCAUGCCGAAGACCCGGCUUUGAUUCCCCACAUGGGUACAAUGUGUGAAGCCCAUUUCUGGUGUCCCCCGCCAUCCUAUUGCUGGAAUAUUGCUAAAAGCGGCGUAAAACCAAACUCACUCACUCACUCACUCACUCACUCACUCAUUCCCUGCUGUACUCACCCUUUCAGUACUCCACAAGUCACCCCUACGGCCCCUGCCCUCCACACCCUCCCACCACAGCCAGCCUCCACCUGAACGUUAUCAGAGAGUGACACAAUUUCUGUGAUGUGGAAACUCUGAUGUUUGUUAUUGUAAUAUAAAGUUUAUCUGUAAUAUAAUUACACUUGAUAUUCUUACUGAGUAUGUGCCUUUUUGGUGUUGUUGUGAAUAGUAGCAUCUAUUUUUGUUAGACAGUAUACAUGUCAUGUUAUACGUGUUGAGAGGCCGGGUAUGCUGGUCAGUGAUUGUGCUUCAGAGAGCCAACUGAUUGAAAUGUACAGGUAAACAAUUGUUGUCGAGGAGUAUUUGACAUUUGCUCAACGUCUUUCUGAUGUCUGUUGUCUCGCAACUGCCACAAAUCUGCUAAUGUAUAUACUUGUUGUAUGACUCCAUAUAGAAAAAAACAGCGUUGUUAACAAUCUUAAUAUAUAUAUAUAUAUAUAUAUCAAAGUUAUCUCAUAGUUUUUAGCUUGAAAAGCAAGAUACUUUAUUAGGAGUAAUUUAUGUAUCCCCUCAAAUGCACAACGAUCCAAUGAAACAAUCAAGUCAUUACGGUGAUAGAAUGGUAUGGAAUACCUUCAUAUGUAUAGUUAGAAGUGUUCAUGUUCAAUAUUUCUAUUACUAUAAAUGUAGCACAGACCAUUAACGUCACUUAGCAACCUUAGUAAAGAGAAGGUCCAAGGUCACAGUUCAGUAGUGAUGAUCCGCUCACCUCGUCUAGUUCUGUUACUAUGGUAACCAGUGAUAAUAUGACGUUCAGCACAAUAUGACGCUUACAUCACAUGCACCAGACACACUACUACGGUCACUCAUAAA